AUGAAGCAAUCUUUAACAGACAUCUUGCUUGAAUUAUGUGUGCUAUUUGGUCAGUCUUUGGGUGUCUCUGCAUUUGAUGAACUGGUUUAUCAGCGUCCUAACAAAAGCUGCCACACACACACACACACACACACACACACACACACACACACACACACUUGGGUUGUGCUUCUGUAUAAAAUCCUCCUCCUCUAUCUUUCACACAAGGCUGCAGGACAAAAAAAGCUAGCUGCUAUGGGCUCCAUGGAAGAAGAGCACACAUGUCCCAUGUGUCGUGACCUGAUUGGUCGAGCUCACCCCUUUCCCUGCGGCCACAGCUUUUGCCUGACCUGUGUUCAAGAGUCCUGGAGCCAGAGUGCCAGCUGUGGCAAGCAAAGAUUCGUAUGCCCACAAUGCCUGGAGGAGCAGGGAGAGGUGGUAUGUGACUGCUGUCCAGAAAACAAGGAUGAUGAGGCCCAAGCUGCAGUGAAGACCUGCCUGCGAUGUGAGAUCUCUCUGUGUGAGCAGCAUCUGCAGCCACACCUGCUGCGUCCUGCUUAUAGCACUCACCUGUUGGUGGAGCCAUUGAUGGACGUAUCCCACCGUAGGUGCCCUACCCAUUGGGAGAUAUUCCGGUAUUACUGCAUGGAUGAUAGGGAGUAUGUCUGCCCCGACUGCAUUGUGGAAGGGCGACAUGCUCAACACCAGGUCAAAGGGGUGAGAAAAGUGGAGGAGGAAUACAAAAUCAAAUUACAGAGUAUGUUUGAGAAAGCAGAAGAGAAAGUAAAGCAAGGUGAAAUGAUGCUUCAAGAACAUCAACAAGCUUGUCGCAGCAUAGUAGAGGACUCUUCUGUGAGUGAUGUCUCUCAGGUUUUACAGAUGGGCUCAGCCCUGCAGGCUCAGGUGGGCCGACUAGUGUCAGCCGUGAUAAACAUCACGGAACAGGAGAGACAGCAGGCCAUGGAGAGGGUGAAGGAAGACUGCAGCAGGGUGGAAAAAGAUCUGAACCAAACCGAGGGCAUCCACCGCUUCCUCGGCUCCCUGCUGGACGAGAGCGAUCCCUUCCUGCUAAUCUGGGCAUUCCAGACAGAGGAUUCGCAGAUGAUGGCAGAUCUCAGCUCACCUCUGUUCACACCACCUCAGCCCAGCAUGGAUAAGAAACGAGUCUUAGAAAAUGUGGAAAAUAAAUAUAGAGAAUUCAUAGCCGAGACCCUGCGCUGCCUAAUUGAACUCAAGAGAGAUCUCUUAAGCAGCCCGUUAACCUUGGACAAAAACUCAGCCCAUCCUCUCUUAAAUAUUUCUGAAGACCUACGGACAGUGACGAGGGUCAAAACCCGCUUGCCUGUCCCUGAGCAUCCUGACCGCUUUGACCACUGGUCUCAGGUGCUCUCCUGUCAGAUAUUUUCUUCAGGAACCCAUUACUGGGAGCUGGAAGUGGAGGGUUUCUGGGAUAUAGCAGUGACUUACCACAGUAUUGGGAGAAAAUCAAAAGAGGGCACAGCCUUUGGCUGCAACAAGAUAUCCUGGAGCCUGACACAGCAGCAUGACAGGAAACUUGCUGCCUGGCAUAACCGAAAGAAAACCCACCUCUCCGCAAAAAUGUCUGGCAACCAUUUGGCAGUCACUCUGGACUAUGGUUCUGGCUCCAUUGCCUUUUCUGAAGUAGGAUCUUCAUCCACUCUGCUCCCUCUGCACAGUUUCAGUACCAGGUUCACCCAGCCCAUCUGCCUAGGAUUUGGCCUCUACAAACCAGAGCUGAACAGCAAAGUCACCAUCCUCAAGAAAACAUAACUACAUCUACAGAAACAGGAACCAACACUGCUGUUGAAACUUGUAUUUCAUAAAUAGUUACAUGUUUCUUGAAGGAUAUAUAAUGCUCUGGGUGAAAAAGCUGAAUUAAUUUUUCAAGAAUAAACAAAUAUUCCAAUUAACUGUCUAUGGUCAAUGUUUUUUCCUACUUUUUAUUAUUAUUUUGAAAAUUUGAAUUUUAGAUUAUAAUUUUCUUUUCUAAUCAGUGUCAAAACUUUAUCACUAGGUUUUUCAUCUAACUGUAAGGGGAACUGAGAUCCAAUGCAUCUUUCUCCAUCAAUGGAUAUUCAAAUGAGCAAAAUACAAAUCUCAAAUAUUUAUCAUUAGUAUGAUACUUUGCCAGUGCCCAGUUUAUUUUUGUAGGAUAUUACAUGCAUAAAAGUGCAAUUGACAAUGCAUUCUAAAAAUGUAAUAUUUUUUCAUGUUAGCAAAUAUUUUUUCAUAGGUUCCAGCAUCCCUGCCAGCGUUUUUAUAGAACAGACGGAUACAUGAAAUUUGACUAAAUAUGUUUAUUCUUUUUUUUUAUUUAUUAGUUUAAUUCCUUGAGAUGUUAAAAAAAGAUU